AUGGCCACUCUCCUCGAAAGUGUCACUACUAUAAUUAAAAUAUUCGUAAAAUACUCAAACAAUGAAAACGAGGAUGAAACACUGAGCAAAGAAGAGCUGAAGGAACUACUGGAAGAAGAAUUACAGGCAGUCUUGAAGAAUCCACAUGACCAAGACACUGCCGAGGUAUUCAUGCAAAUGUUAGAUGUGGACCACGAUGACAAACUAGAUUUCACUGAGUAUUUACUAAUGGUGCUAAAGUUGACACAGGCAUACUAUGAGGCAUUUAAGAAUAAAAAAUUACAAAUACAUGGAUCAAAGAAGAGAAGUAAACAUGAUUAUGAAGGACUAGAAGACGACAGAGAAGAAGAAAAGAGUCGUAGAAGGAAGCAUCGUAGAACUGAUGGAAAGAAAAAAACUGAAAGAUCGAACAGCCCAACGGAAAGAACAGGAAAAAGGCAUGGAUCAAAGAGUAGAAAUGAGGACAGUGAUUCAAACAGAAGAAGAGAAACAGAAAAACACAGGCACCAUGAAGACUCGACAAGAAAACAAAAAAGGGGUUGUGUUUCAAAAGAAAGAAGAGAUCGCGGAAGUAAGAAACAUGGACAGAGCAGAGAAAGAAACUAUGAAGAAAUCUAUGAAAAUGGACAAUACAGUGAAAACUGGGAGGAAACAUACAAUAAUUGUUACUACAAAAGUGAGGACAAUAAAAAAGAGCAAAGAGAAGGAGGGAGAAGAGGUGUCAGCUACAGCUCAAACUCGGGGGUCCAGCAGGGUUACGAGAGUGAGCAGGCCUCUGACAGCUCCAGUCGCUCGGGGGCCCGUCAAGGCCAGGAUCACAUCCAGCAGCCCCUGGAUUUCUUCCUUAUGCAAACAGACAUCCCCAGUACCUCAGCACUGACCAAUGAUGUACACUCACUUCAUAGCCUCUACUCACUCCCAAAGCGUGGGAAGUUUGAAGGCCUCUCUGUGCUCACAGCCACAAAAGCCACCAAGCCUGCCUCUGUCAAGCCAAGGACAAUCACACCAAGACACAAGCUGGAGCUCCAGCUAGACGCUGUCCCCAGCCCUCAGGCCCUGGGUUCUGUUCUCUGCUCCUCCGAGACUCCCAGUGGCACCUGGGUGUCCAAGAGUCUGAGAACCCCACGAGCCCAGACCUCAUUGAAGGCUUGGGGGCUCCUGAAACAGCGCUGA